UCGCAACGUAAACUUUUCCACUCUUUGGGGCCUGUAAAAUGGGGGAGAGCCCAGAUGCUGGCUGCGUGCUGAUUGUUGAUUUUUCCCCCCUCCGUUUUUCUCGCGUCUUCGCCUGUUGUCCUCUUGACCAGCGAAGAUCGUGAUUAUAAUACCUCGUUGCCUUGACUGAUUGACCCCACGGCUCGUUAGACUCACUAGUUAGUCGCCAGUCGCAUUAAUUCCCAAGAUACGGGGCAUCGGAGUGGCCGCUGGCCCUAAUAAGUUAUAUCCACCAAGUACUUUAUCCUUAGCGUGCUGCCACCAUUUCUCACGCUUCUCCUCGCCCGCUUAUCUUCGUCAUUCGUUACGGCCUCAUCCCCCCUCUUUAUCAAGCAAUCGAUCUGUGAUCGAACGCUUUGCCAACCUUGACCAGCCAAUUCCUCUAUGCUUCUGGCGUCCUCUCGUUAAUCGGCACAGUCUUCUGAGACUGAUCGUCUCAUCUCUUAAUCACCAUGUCGCUUCUAGGCACUAUAAACCCUAAUGUUAAUCCAACCCGUGGCGUGGAGUCCCACGAGGUCCACGAAAAUGUGAACGAAGGCGCAGCAGCAACAUCCGCAUCCGCUGUGAAUGAAGGAACAUCCGAGCUUGGCCACCACCACCACCACCACACCACCCACGAUGAAGAGAAGUUGAUGGCAGAGUCCGGUCUCAGUACACCGGCGCCCGACUCGAGGGGUCGUUGGAGCCGACACACCACUUUCAGCAGCGCCGAGACUGCGCUCGAGAAAGAAGAGGGAGACAAGGGAGAUGAAGACAAUGAGAGCGAGGAAGUCGCUGCUGAAGAGAUCCACCGUCUGGCGCAGCAAUUGACCCGCCAAUCCACCCGGUUGUCGACUACUGGCGAGAAUACAUUCCUGGAAGUGAAAGAGGAUUCGACAUUGAACCCCGCCAGUCCCAACUUCAAGUCAAAGCAUUGGAUGAAGAACCUUCUUGCUCUCUCCUCGCGCGACCCCGAGAGAUAUCCCCGCCGUGAAGCCGGUGUCUCCUUCCAGAACCUCAGCGUUCACGGUUUCGGCAGUCCGACAGAUUAUCAGAAGGAUGUUUUCAACUCCGUCUUGCAAAUCGGAGCUCUCGUCCGGAAACUUACAGGUACCGGAAAGCAGAAGAUUCAGAUCCUCCGUGAUUUCGAUGGACUCGUGCGCAACGGCGAGAUGUUGGUUGUUCUGGGUCGCCCCGGAAGCGGUUGCUCGACUUUUCUGAAAACCCUUGCUGGCGAAAUGAACGGUAUCUACAUGGACGAGGCGUCCCAGCUGAACUAUCAAGGUAUCUCGGCCAAGCAGAUGCGAAAGCAAUUCAAGGGUGAGGCCAUUUAUACCGCCGAGACCGAUGUUCACUUUCCGCAGUUGACCGUCGGCGAUACCUUGAAGUUCGCCGCCCUCUCUCGUUGCCCUCGGAACCGCUUCCCGGGGGUGACCAAGGAGCAGUAUGCGCUGCACAUGCGCGAUGCGGUCAUGGCGAUGCUGGGUCUGUCGCACACCAUUAACACCAAAGUCGGUAACGACUUCGUCCGUGGUGUCAGUGGUGGUGAGCGUAAGCGUGUCAGUAUCGCCGAGGCCACUCUGUGUGGCUCCCCCCUGCAGUGUUGGGACAACAGUACGCGUGGUCUGGACUCAGCGAACGCCCUCGAGUUUUGCAAGACAUUGAACUUGAUGACCAAGUACGCCGGAGCCACUGUUGCGGUCGCCAUUUACCAAGCCUCGCAGAGUGCUUACGACGUCUUCGACAAGGUCACCGUCCUGUACGAAGGCAGACAAAUCUAUUUCGGUCCUACCAAUGAGGCGAGGGCGUUCUUCACCAACAUGGGAUUUGAUUGCCCGGAUCGCCAGACUACUGCUGAUUUCCUUACUUCUUUGACCUCUCCCGCGGAGCGUAUCGUCAAGCCCGGAUAUGAGGGCAAGGUGCCUCAAACCCCUGAUGAGUUUGCCGCUGCCUGGAAGAACAGUGAGGCGCACGCCAAACUGCUCCGGGAGAUUGCCGAGUACAACCAGCAGUAUGCCAUCGGUGGCGAGUCGCUUGGCAAGUUCAUCGAAUCUCGCAAAGCUAUGCAAUCCAAGAACCAGCGCGUCAAGUCUCCCUACACUAUCUCUCUGUACGAACAGGUCAAGCUCUGCUUAAUCCGUGGUUUCCAACGGUUGCAGGGUGAUGCUAGUUUGACCAUUUCCCAGUUGGUCGGAAACUUCAUCAUGGCUCUUAUUAUCGGAAGUGUGUUCUACAACUUGAAAGACGAGACGGACAGCUUCUACUCCCGUGGUGCCCUGCUUUUCUUUGCCGUGUUGCUCAAUGCCUUCUCCAGUGCGCUCGAGAUCUUAACUCUGUACGCCCAACGCCCGAUAGUCGAAAAGCAGUCUCGUUACGCCAUGUAUCAUCCGUUCGCCGAAGCCAUUGCGUCCAUGCUCACAGAUAUGCCUUAUAAAAUUGGAAACGCGAUUAUCUUCAACCUUACGCUAUAUUUCAUGACUAAUCUUCGUCGGACGCCGGGCGCCUUCUUCGUCUUCCUGCUGUUCUCCUUCGUCACGACCCUGACCAUGUCCAUGCUGUUCCGUACCAUCGCUGCUUCUUCCCGGACACUUUCUCAAGCUCUUGUCCCGGCCGCUAUUCUCAUCUUGGGUCUGGUCAUCUACACCGGUUUCACUAUUCCUACCACUUACAUGCUGGGGUGGUCGAGAUGGAUGAACUAUAUCAACCCUAUCGCUUACGGCUUCGAGAGUCUGAUGGUGAACGAAUUCCACAACCGGCAAUUCCCGUGUUCUGAAGAUGGUUACGUUCCCUCCGGCAAUGGCUAUGAUUCCCUCCCCCUUGUGAACAAGAUCUGCUCUACAGUCGGAGCGGUUUCCGGACAGAAAACUGUCGACGGUGAUAGGUACCUUGCUUUGAGCUUCGAUUACUAUAACAGCCACAAAUGGCGUAACCUGGGAAUCAUGUUCGCUUUCAUGAUCUUCCUCAUGGGCACAUAUCUACUCGCUACCGAGUACAUCUCUGAAGCCAAGUCUAAGGGUGAGGUUUUGCUCUUCCGCCGCGGUCAUGCUUCCUCCCCUGCUGCCAAGGAUGUUGAAGCCAGCCGUCAAUUCGCCUCCCCUGAGAAGGCUGAGCAGUCCAGUGGUCAACAACAAAGUGCCGCCAUUCAGAGACAGACCGCUAUCUUCCAAUGGCAGGAUGUGUGCUACGACAUCAAGAUCAAGGGUGAACCCCGCCGCAUUCUUGACCAUGUCGACGGAUGGGUCAAGCCUGGAACCUGCACUGCUCUCAUGGGUGUUUCUGGUGCGGGUAAAACCACUCUUCUGGAUGUGCUUGCUACUCGUGUCACCAUGGGUGUUGUCACCGGUGAAAUGCUGGUUGAUGGGCGUCCUCGUGAUCAAAGUUUCCAGCGCAAAACCGGAUAUGUGCAGCAGCAGGACCUCCAUCUCCACACUACCACUGUCCGUGAGGCUCUUCGGUUCAGCGCCAUCCUUCGUCAACCUGCCCACGUCAGUCGUCAAGAGAAGCUCGACUAUGUCGAAGAAGUUAUCAAGUUGCUUGACAUGGAAGAAUACGCCGACGCCGUUGUCGGUGUUCCCGGUGAAGGUCUCAAUGUUGAACAGCGCAAGCGCCUCACUAUCGGAGUUGAAUUGGCAGCUAAGCCUCAGUUGCUUUUGUUCUUGGACGAGCCUACUUCUGGUCUUGAUAGUCAAACGUCCUGGUCCAUCCUUGAUCUCAUUGACACCUUGACGAAGCACGGCCAAGCUAUUCUAUGUACUAUCCACCAGCCUUCGGCUAUGCUGUUCCAACGUUUCGACCGUCUCUUGUUCCUUGCUAGAGGCGGUAAGACAGUCUAUUUCGGAGAUAUCGGCGACAAGUCCUCCACUCUUGCUAGCUAUUUCGAGCGGAACGGUGCUCCUAAGCUACCUGCUGACGCUAACCCCGCCGAAUGGAUGCUCGAAGUCAUUGGUGCUGCUCCUGGAUCUCACAGUGAUAUCGACUGGCCCGCGGUGUGGCGUGACAGCCCUGAACACACCGCCGUGCUUGACCACCUGUCCGAACUCAAGUCUACUCUCUCGCAGAAGCCGCUCGACACAAACCAGGCGGAUCCCGGCAGCUACAACGAAUUCGCCGCGCCGUUCGCUGUCCAGCUAUGGGAGUGCUUGCUCCGCGUGUUCUCGCAGUAUUGGCGUACACCCGUCUAUAUCUACUCGAAGAUUUGCCUUUGCGCCCUGACUGCCUUGUACAUUGGAUUUUCAUUCUUCCAUGCCAAGAAUACCUCGCAGGGACUGCAGAAUCAGAUGUUCUCUAUCUUCAUGUUGAUGACUAUUUUCGGAAACUUGGUGCAACAGAUCCUCCCCAACUUCUGUACUCAGCGAUCUCUAUACGAGGCUCGCGAGAGACCGUCUAAGAGCUACUCAUGGAAGGCCUUCAUGGCUGCUAACAUUAUCGUUGAGCUGCCGUGGAAUGCGCUCAUGAGUGUGAUUAUCUAUGUCUGCUGGUACUAUCCCAUUGGGCUCUACCGGAACGCGGAACCGACCGAUGCUGUUCAUGAGCGUGGAGCGUUGAUGUGGCUGCUUAUUCUGUCCUUCCUUCUGUUCACCUCGACCUUCGCGCACAUGAUUAUCGCGGGUAUCGAGCUUGCUGAGACUGGUGGUAACCUUGCUAACCUGCUCUUCUCCUUGUGCCUGGUCUUCUGCGGUGUCCUGGCAAGUCCUCAGCAACUCCCUGGCUUCUGGAUCUUCAUGUACCGGGUCUCGCCAUUCACAUACCUGGUGUCUGCCAUGUUGUCGACCGGUGUAUCAGGCACCACGGCUAUCUGUGACUCCUCGGAGUACCUCCACUUUGACCCCCCUGCCAACAGCACCUGCCUCGAUUACAUGCAGAGCUAUAUUUCAUCCGCGGGCGGCUAUCUUCAGAACGAUGAUGCCACCAGCAACUGCGCCUUCUGCACCAUCAGCGACACCGACACCUUCCUGGCGGCGGUGAGCAGCCACUAUUCCGACGCGUGGCGCAAUUUCGGUCUUAUGUGGGUGUACAUUGUGUUCAACAUCUUCGCCGCGGUGGGCAUCUACUGGCUUGCUCGUGUCCCAAAGACCAAGAAGACCAAGAAGACCGAGGCUUCUUCUUGAGAGGACUAGACAUGUAUAAAUGAGUUCCCUUGCCCAGCUUUUGUAUAAUCUCUUCACAUAUACAUAUGUUUGUGUUUCGGAUUAUCGUUGUUGGACAUAACCGGGAA